AUGGAUCGCACCGAUAAGUACUCCAAAUGUGCGUCGUGCACUCGUGCUAGUCGGGUGUGUAAACGAGAGUUCCACACCAAUAACGAAUGGGAUCUGUUGAAGUCUGCAGAACAGAAAAUUGCGGAUAGUCUUUCCGCCGCUGAUGACGAGUUGGAGCUCUUGGAACCUGAACUAAAACUGGUUCAAGAUCGUUUGGCUGAAAUUCAAAACAAGAUCAAUAAAACACUUGCGCGCCAUACGCGUUUGCGAAAACAACAAAAGUUCUUAAAGGAACGUGGUUUCAAAAUGUCAAAACAUGAUACUGAGCUGCUCAAAAUUCUCGAUGAACAACAAUCGUCCCUAGAGUAG